AUGGGUCUCGAUCAAGAGAAACCUGUCGAAAUUGCCCAUUUGGAGGCUACACCGACGAUGGAUCCCACUGAUGUAAAGAAGUCUGAGCACCCCAAUGAGGUCUCAGGAUCUAUUAUGAGCUUAAAGGUAGCUCUUGUCAGUUACCGAAAUGCUAUGCUCUACAGUCUGUUCUUCUGCUUCUCUGCCAUCCUCUGGGGGUACGACAUGCAGGUCAGCGGAGGUCUUUUAGCUGCACCCGAGUUCCGUGCGGUCUUUGGAUACACCCAACCCGAUGGCACUACUAUCCUUCCCGCGGAAUGGCAAGCUGCUUUCAAUAUGGUCGCCACGGUUGGUGGAAUGGGUGGAAGUCUCCUCUGUGGUCCUCUCUCGCCUUACAUGGGUCGAAGGAUGACUUUGACCAUCGCAUGUGUCAUCUCCAGUGGUUCCGUGUUCUUACAGUUCUUUGCGUCCACUCGGGCUGUACUCCUGGCUGGAAAAUUGAUCAACGGAAUCGCACUCGGCAUGUUCCUCGUCACUGCAUGUGCCUACUGUUCUGAGGCGUGUCCUGUCGUGCUUCGUGGAAUCACCAUUGCCAUGGUCAAUCUCUUUGUAGUCGUCGGUCAGCUCCUAGGAAACUGCCUCAUCAAGGCUUUCGGUGGACAGCCAAACGCUUUUGCCUACAGAAUCCCUUUUGCUUUUCAGUGGGUUUUCCCGGUGAUCCUUCUCUCUGGCGUGUGGUUCUGCCCUGAAUCCCCCUAUUGGUACGUCCAAAGGGGCAAGCACACUGAUGCCAAAAAGGCCCUCGAGCGAUUCCAGACUGGCGGAAGUAUUGAUAGCUGGCUCGUUGAGAUCCAAGAAACAGUUCGCAUAGAAGAGGAAUCAGCAGCAUCUGCUAGCUAUUUGGAUUGUUUCCGAGGGACUGAUCUUCGGCGCACCCUGAUUGUCAUGUCCGUUUGGACUAUCAACUCUUUCAGUGGAGUCAACUUUGUGCUGAGCUACUCAACCUACUUCUUCCAAAUCGCCGGCAUCCCUACCUCUGCAUCAUUCGACAUGGGUGUUGGUGUAACUGCAGUCGGUGUCCUCGGAAACAUCUGCUCGUGGUUCGUCAUCAACACUAUUGGUCGGAGAGUUCUUUUCCCUGGCAUGCUCGUUCUCACUGCGAUUCUCUUCAUCAUUGGAAUUCUCGACGUUGUGCCGAAUUAUAAACCCUCCAUUGCUAUGGGCCAGUGCGUAUUAAUUAUCAUCUGGAACUUCUUCUACGAUCUGACCCUUGGACCUCUUGGAUACGUGAUCUGCGGAGAGAUGUCUUCUACUCGGUUGCGGUCAUACACUGUCAGCAUUGGUUUCUUCACGCAAAACUUCUGGACUUUGAUCAUGACCCUUAUUGUGCCUUACAUGAUAAACCCUGACCAAGGUCACCUUCGGGGUAAGACGGGCUUCAUCUUUGGCGGAUUCUCAAUCAUUGCCUCUAUUUGGACUUACUUCUGCUUGCCAGAGACCAAAGGCAGGACUUUUGAGCAGCUGGAUCAUUUGUUUGAACAGAAGAUCUCGGCACGCAAAUUUGGCGCGUACGACCAGACACCAAAUGACGCAUAG